CUUCUUCUGUUUAGAUUUUAGAGGUUUACAAUAAAUUCAACUUUAUCUAAUAAUUAUCAAACGUUUACCAUAAAAAAUAAUUUAGUUCGGGGCCAAAAAUUCGUUCAAAGGAGUGAUUAAUAAAAGUACAACAUGAAAUUAGUUAGAUUUCUUAUGAAGUUAAGCCAUGAAACAGUGACAAUAGAGUUAAAAAAUGGAACACAAGUUCACGGUACUAUAACAGGAGUCGAUAUUGCAAUGAACACACAUCUUAAAGCAGUAAAAAUGACUAUUAAAAAUCGUGAUCCAGUUCAAUUAGAGUCCUUGAGCAUUCGUGGAAAUAACAUUCGCUAUUAUAUAUUACCCGACAGCUUACCACUGGAAACUCUUUUAAUUGAUGAUACACCGAAAUCUAAAGCCAAAAAGAAAGAUGCUUCUAGGAAUGCCCGUGGUAGAGGCAGAGGAUCUGGAGCAAGAGGGCGCGGUGGACCAAGAGGUCGUGGAGGAAGGGGCCGUGCACGCCGAUAAAAUCAGUAAUACUUAUUUAAACUAUUUUGCAAAUAAGAUUAAGUGAUUAUAUGAAGUAAUUUGGAAAUAUUAAGAUAAUAUAAGAA